AGUGAGGAAAACGAGGCCCAGAGUGGGUGGAUGCCACCCCCUACUCACAGCCUCCUUAUGGCUGAUUUGAGGGCUGGAGCCAGAACUGGCUGCCACCCACUGGAACCGCUGGGGUCCCAUCUCACCGCAGCUGAGGGGUGGGGUAGAGUCGGGGGCCGCCUCCCCCCUCGCUCGUGUCCAGGAUCCCAGGGGUGGAAUUAACUUCUGGUGCCCCUGCCCGGUGGGGUGGUGGCAGUUGGGAGCCAGGCCUUUGGGGGCAGGUGCCUGAGGACAUGGCACUGUCCCUUUUGCUUGAGGGCCACGGUCGGGGGUGUGACAUGCCCUUGAGCCCAGGCAGAGGAGAGCGGCGGGGACAGGACCUGACGAGCUGGUACAGCGCCCAGAGGGGCCUUGGUUCCUACUGUUUCCCGCUCUGUUUACAGACAAGCCGCUGACCUCCCUGGGCGAGGGGAAGGGGUGGGGCAGACGGCGAGUGCCAAGGUGGCACGAGGCUGGGCAUGUGCCUGGUCACAGAUAGUGUCUGAGGAGUGUCUCACACCUGGAGGGGUCACUCUGAGGACCCCCACCCCACGGGAGCAUCUUGAUCUCUUCUGAAGCUGACCUCUGACCUGGGGGCAGCCAGAAUCCAGUACCCCCCCAGCCCCGCCCUGGGCCCAGAGUCCCCCAUCAGUGAGUCUUGGCUCUGCUUAUAGCAUCUGACGGCAGAGGGGCUGAAAAUAGCCCCUGAGUGUGGGGGAGGGGGCUAUUUAAAGGGCCUGGGAGGGGGAGAGCCCAGAGGGAGUGAGCAGUCGUCAUGGCCACUUCAGAGCUGAGCUGCCUGCUGGCGGAGGAGAACAGUGAGCGCCGAGAGGCCUUCUGGGCUGAGUGGAAGGAUCUGACGCUGUCCACACGGCCUGAGGAGGGUUGCUCCCUGCAUGAAGAGGAUGCCCAGCGGCACGAGACCUACCACCGGCAGGGGCAGUGCCAGGCGCUGGUGCAGCGUUCCCCCUGGCUGGUGAUGCGGAUGGGCAUCCUCGGCCGUGGGCUGCAGGAGUACCAGCUGCCCUACCAGCGGGUGCUGCCCCUGCCCAUCUUCACCCCCGCCAAGGUGGGCGCCACCAAGGAGGAGCGCGAGGAGACCCCCGUCCAGCUGCGGGAGCUGCUGGCCCUGGAAACCGCCCUGGGAGGCCAGUGUGUGGACCGCCAGGACGUGGCCGAGAUCACCAAGCAGCUGCCUCCCGUGGUGCCCGUCAGCAAGCCCGGCACCCUUCGUCGCUCCCUGUCUCGCUCCAUGUCUCAGGAGGCACAGAGAGGCUGAGAGGGACGGUGACUCGGGCUGCACUGUGCCUGCCCUGGGCUGGGCCCUUCCUAGCUAGGACCAUGGAGGGGAGCUGCUGGCCACGGAUGCUUCGUAGUUUGCCCAGAGUUGGGGGCUAGGGGAGGAGGCCUGGAUCUCCUGAGUUCCCGGAGGGAGGGGAGCGGACGAUGGGCACAAAAGGUGAAGAGCUGGGGGCCAGCACAGCCAAGUACCCCCAGUCCCAGGAGGAAGGGCAGGAGAAGCUGAUGAGGGCAAGAGGUCCCUGAGAGGAGUGACCCCAGUCCAGAUUUCAGCUUCAGAGAAGGAUGAAGAAAAACUGUAAGAGGAUCUGGAGUGCUCUGGGAAGGAGACUGGAGGGAGGGGGACGUGACGAGGGCAGAGGCAGGGUGGAGCCCCCAGCACCCUCUGUUAGUGCUGCAAUAAACGCUCAAUCACAUGCCA